AUGCACUUAAGCCACCUCACAACGCUCGCACCCCUCCUAUCCUCGGCCCUCGCCGCCUCAGGCUCUUUCAACGUCCUCUCCUUCAACGUAGCCGUCCUCCCAGAAUUCAUUAACGACAAUGGCAUCAAAGGCGGCAAAGAAAAUGCCGCCACCAUGAUCGGCCAGCGAUUCGCCCAAUACGCCUUCGACGUAAUCCAAGUCCAAGAAGACUUCGACUACCACGAGGAACUCUACGCAGCAGACAACCAUCCUUUCCGAACCAAGACCUUCGGCGGCGUUCCUUUCGGCAGCGGCCUCAACACCCUCGCUAACUUCGGCUGGAGCGACUACCGCCGAAUCACUUGGGAUGACUGCUACAUCGACAAAGGCGACUGCCUUACGCCUAAAGGAUUUACGUUCAUGAGAAUGAACCCUGUACAAGGGGUUGAGAUCGAUUUCUAUAAUCUUCAUGCGGAUGCAGGCAGUGGUAAUGACGAUGAAGCGGCAAGGCGAAGCAAUAUCCAACAAGUGGCGGAUUACAUCGGUGCCAAUUCUGCUGGGCGCGCUGUCGUUGUGUUCGGCGAUACGAAUACGCUCUACUCACGCCCUACGGAUAAUGUCAGAAUCUUUGGCGGCCAGAAUGGACUCACGGAUGCGUGGGUGCAGUUUCAGUAUGGUGGUGUGAUACCGGGUGGCGUGCCGGAGUGUCCGGAGCCUACGACGGACAAUAGCUGCGAGACGCUGGACAAGGUGCUGUACAGGAGGGGUAGCGCGGUGACGCUGAGUGCUACGGCUUUUGACUAUGUUACGGAUCUGUUCUUGCAGGCGGAUGGGAGUAUUCUGAGUGAUCAUAAUGCGGUGCUGGUGGAUUUUGCUCAGAGCACGGUGUAG